AUCCGAAGCUCCCGGCAGAAAACAUUCAAUCCCUUCUUUUCCUGACGGGUCAGCAUUUAAGCCAAUUAGUACCGUGGCACUAACAGAAGACUAAGUGUAUAACGAUGCCUAAUAAGUUAUAAUGAUGCAGUUCUAUCCUAAAGCUCGACAGCGUCGCUUGAGCAUCUCCAACCCGGCGGUGCGUCGCUCGAGGCUACAAUUCCUCAAGCUCGCGGGCCUUAACUUUGCCCUGCUCCAGCUACUUUUCCUCGCUUUGUUUUCAUAUCUCUUCGGCUCUCUCUUUCGCCAAACUGACCAUGUUCAUAACAUAAAUGUUGUCUUCGUGGAUUACGAUGGUGGUCUCAUCGGAACUGCCGUUCGCCAGGCCUACCAACAGCUGGAAGGAGAAGGGUUCCCUACGUUGAUUGAACGAUCACCACAGCAAUUCGAGUCGCCAACGACCCUGCAGUCCGCAGUGUGUAAUGUCGACUAUUGGGCCGCACUUUACACCACCCCGAACGCUUCAGACCGACUAGCCACGGCACUAACAGGCGGCGAUGCUGCAUCUUACAAUCAAAGCGACGUACUAAUUUAUAUCUGGAACGAGGCGCGGUAUUCGACAGUCGCCGAUUCGGCAAUCGCUAGCAAUCUUGACAGUUUAUCGCAAACAGCACGCGUCGCAUAUUACCAGCUCAACGGCACCGGUGCGCUUCAGGCGCUCCCGAGGACAGACGCCGCAGCCGUCGAGGUCUUCACCUCCCCAUGGACCCUAACCGCAGUAGACAUACAGCCCACCAUCCAGGGCUCGCGACUGAUCUACAACACCCUCGUCUUCAUCCUGAUCCUAAUCCAGGACUUCUUCUUCCUGGGCACAGUCAACGGCCUCUACGCACAACUGAACCUCUGGAUGAAGCUAUCCCCAAAACGCAUGGUCACCUUCCGCCUACUCCUUUCCGCCGCGUAUACAUUCGUCGGCUCCCUCUGCGCAGCAGGCAGCAUCUGGGCCUUCCGCAAAGGAUGGCACGUCAACGGCAACCAGUUCGUCCUAACCUGGAUGGCAAUCUGGCUGUUCGGCCACCUGAACUUCCUGACCCUAGACGUCUUCACGGUCUGGCUACCCCCUCCGUUCGUGCCCAUGGCUCUCAUCACAUGGAUCGUGUUGAAUGUAACCUCUAUACUACUCCCGUUCGAACUAUCCCCGGCCUUCUACCAAUGGGCCUAUGCCCUCCCCGCGCACGCGUUGUAUCAAAUCCUCAUCGAUAUCUGGUCCGGCGGAUGUAACCCGCAGCUCGGUUAUGCGCUGCCUGUCCUCUUCGCAUACGAGCUAUCGAGUUUAACCUUAAGCUGUAUUGGGGUAUAUCGACGCUCUCAUCUUGCCUUUGUCGCGAAUGAGGGGGAAGAGAAGAAGUUGCAGGAGUGUAUUGCCGCGACCUUAGCGGAGAAGGACGAACCGGCGGUGCUAGAGAAGUCGACGCCAAGACGGGAAGAUGAAGCUGGCGAAGGUGCGGCGCCAACGGAUGAGGAGGGUACUCUGGAGUCCGGUGCGCCGAUGCGCAGAUUGAGAACGAUCCCUACUUCGACUGAGCGACAGGAAUUGGUGGACCGGAUCACUCGGGAAACGUCGCGACUACGUCGUGAGAGGACUGUUGAACGAGGGCCGAAGUUUGAUCUUGUUGGAGAGUGAUACUGGGUUUAGUACUG